AAGAUAGGGCUCAGGGCUUCACAUAAAACCCACACCAAAAUUCAAUGGGACCCACCCACGGCAAGCGAAAAUUUGCACCACCGCCCAUCGCGAUCUUCAACUCCUCUUGUUGAAAUCUCUUGCCUUUGUCGAAGAGCAGCAACAAGAAACGACGACAACCGACAACAAUGGCAUCCCGCCCUACCGUCACUAUCGCCACGGCUGAUGGCAAGCCCAGCGGGGCUUCGCACCCCCUGCCGGCUGUUUUCACUUCGCCCAUUCGUCUCGAUAUCGUCCAGCAGGUUCACACCGGUAUGGCGAAGAACAAGAGACAGCCCUACGCCGUGAGCGAGAAGGCUGGUGAACAGACUUCUGCUGAGUCUUGGGGUACCGGUCGCGCUGUCGCUCGUAUCCCCCGUGUCUCUGGUGGUGGUACUCACCGUGCUGGUCAGGCUGCUUUCGGUAACCAGUGCCGUUCGGGUCGUAUGUUCGCUCCCACCAAGGUCUGGAGAAAGUGGCACCAGAAGAUCAACGUUGGCCAGAGACGUUUCGCUACCGCCUCUGCCCUCGCUGCUUCUUCCGUCCCCGCUCUGCUUUUCGCCCGCGGUCACCGUGUCGCCAACGUCCCCGAGGUUCCCCUGGUCGUUGACUCCAAGACCUUCGAGGGUGCUUCCCUGACCAAGACCAAGGCUGCCAUUGCCCUCCUCCAGGCCCUCGGUGCCGGCUCCGACCUCGCCAAGGUCCAGCAAUCCAAGAAGAUGCGCGCCGGUAAGGGUAAGCUCCGUAACCGCCGCUUCCGCCAGCGCCGCGGUCCCCUUGUCAUCUACAACCCCGAGACCGACGGCAAGGAGCUCGUCCGUGCCUUCCGCAACGUUCCUGGUGUUGAGACCUGCUCCGUCCAGGCCCUCAACCUCCUCCAGCUCGCCCCCGGUGGUCACCUCGGCCGCUUCAUCGUCUGGUCCUCCGCCGCCUUCCAGGCCCUCGACCAGGUCUACGGCACCACCUCCACUCCCUCCGCCCUCAAGAAGGACUACAUCCUGCCCCAGAACGUUGUCGCCAACGCCGACCUGACCCGUCUCAUCAACUCGUCUGAAAUCCAGUCGGUCCUCAACGCCCCCAAGGGCAACGCACGCACCAAGCGUGAGGGUGUCCUGAAGAAGAACCCUCUCCGCAACAAGCAGGUCAUGCUCCGUCUUAACCCCUAUGCCGCUGCUUUCUCCAAGGAGAAGCUUGGCCAGCAGGGUGUUGAGCACGGCAAGCCUGAGCGCGCUGCUGAGGCUUUCGUCAAGACUCUCCGUGAGGACUAAAUGGGUUUUGGUAAAAGGGGUGUCUGAUCUUUAAUUUUUGUUAUCUGUUUAAAAAUAAGUCGACCAAUGAAUGCAAUGGUUCGCAAU